UGGACACGAUAGACUACAAGAAAAGUAACAUCAUUUUUUUAAAGUGUUGCUAAUGACGUUAACAACGUUGUGUUCAGCCAUCACUGUGAGCAUUGUGUGCUCUUCAGCGAGCCACAGUUAAUGUUAUAGAUCACACCUGGGCCUCAUCUCUGCUGCUCUGACCAGUCAGAGGCCUGAACCCAACGCUACGCUAACAGACGUUAAGGCACGUUCCGAGCAACAUGGCGGACUCAACGGUGCUGAACCUGGAUUUUACUCUGAAAGAACUGAGUCUUUCGUGUCAGAGCGAAGACGCGGACGCGCCCGGCAGCUCGUCCAGCGUGGUGCUGGAGGACAACAGGCUGGUGUGCGUGGAGUAUCCGGGGGUGGUCAAGAGUGUGGACAACAUGCUGGACACUCUCGGGGGGGAAAAAGGAGUGUCCAGGACCUUCGCUCAUCCAAACAGGCGUCUCGAGCUGCGCUUCCGACCUCAGGACCCUUUCUGUCACUCUCUGUGCGGAAACCGCUUCCCUUCAAGCAACCUCGUCCUCAGAGUGCGGCGACGCGUGCGGAAAAGGAACCCCAAGGACGCAGAGGUCCACAUGGAGAUACUUGGAAUCAUAGGAACAACGUACAAAUUCCAAGGGAUGGCAGACUUUCAGUGCAUCGCUGUGCAUUCAGAAGGUGGCAAAGACAUCUCUUUGUACGACAAAAUCAUCCUCCGCAAAUUAGAGAAUCAGGCGUUCUUUGAGCAGCCGAUGCCCCUCUUCCUCCCCCCGGCAAGCUUCUCCCGCCUUGACUGUCCCGUGGAUUUUCACUACCGGCCCGACGUCCUUCAAGCUUUAUCCAAGGGGCACACCAUGACCCCCACCACCACCACCACCACCAGCACCCCCAGUAGCAGCAGCAACAGCAACUAUAUUGUUGUGAAUCGACAUCGAAGUCUCCGGCGCCACAAUGCCGUUUUUGUCAGCUUCGCGGAUCCGGCUGUGCCCACCGAGUGCCUCGAGGCCGCCAGGCUCAACUGGUCACGAGUGUGCGUGAAGGACAGUGACAAAAGGGUUGAGGAACAAAUAAUGAAGAUGUUUGAGAGCCGACCCAUCUGGUCGCGAAAUGCAGUCAAGGCCAACAUCAACAUCCACCCUGAUAAACUGAAGCUGCUGCUGCCCGUCUUCGCCUACUACAUGGUGACGGGGCCCUGGAGGAGCCUGUGGGUGCGGAUGGGCUACGACCCGCGCAAGAACCCAGACGCCAGGAAAUACCAAAUACUGGACUUCAGGAUCCGCUGUAGCACCAAGCACGGCUAUUCAGUAUCUGACAUCCCAGUGAAAGCCAAGAGGAGCGCCCUGACCUACAACCUGCCCAUCACAGUCAACAAAAUAGUUCCCCAGGUAGCUAGUGUGAUGGAGCUUCCCGGUCAGGAGGGCGCAGGCUCCAGCCGAGAUCCAAACCGUCACCAGCUGAAGGAAUCCUCCUACAUUUUCACAGAGGGCAUGCUGCCUCCUCACAGACAGAUGUUUUACCAGCUGUGUGAUCUGCAUGUGGAAAGGAUCAGGCAGGUGGUGGAGAAGAUGGGCGACGAUGAGCAGCAGGUGUGCGACGAGAAGGACGGCUGGUGUGUUAUCGGCACUACGGACAAGCUGAGGGACAUCAUCUCAUCCAUGAUCAAAACGGUCAUCCGAGCGCAGAAUCCACCCUUGCCAGAAUUCCCCAAGAAACGCAGACGCCUUGGCCUAAAUUCAGGUAGAGAGGAAGAGGAGCAGGACGACGAGGACAGGGAUGAUGAAGACGAAUAUGAGGAGGAUGAGUUCCAGCCGUCGGAGGGCAGCGAAAAUGAGAUGGAAACAGAAAUUCUGGAUUACUUGUAACAAAUCACGGCCAUUUUAGCAUGGAUCUUAAAUGUAAAUAAAUAUUUGGAAAUAUAUAUGUUUUUCUAAGACCUGUGUAUUCUUUGUAAUAAUAUUUUGGUAGAUACACUACACCUGUAGUGUUGUAUUUUCUAAUCAGCAAAAAGCAUUUACAAUCAUGACAAUGUGCCUCCGGUGAAAGCGAGGCACAAUAUUGUUGAAUUAAAUACCUUUGAAAUGCCA